GCGGUUCUCUUGAGAUGUUUUGUUUCAUCAGAACCUUUUAUUGCGCUGAGACGAUUGUAACUAUGGAUUGCUUCAGGUGAAGAACCCAAUGUCCUGUUGUGAUUAACGAAGACUGUUGUUGUUUCUAGUAAUCGAAAACUCAGAAGCUUGCAAAUUUUAAUUUCUGGGAAAAAGAAUACAGGAGAACAUAAAAGAUCGAAGGAAUCACAAGUAAGCACCGUCUAGGAAGUAGGGGGUCUCUCUAGUCCUUGAGUCAGCUCUCGUCUCAGUUCGAGCUACCAGCAGAAGAAAAUGGCGAGCACAGUAGCUACAGACACACAGGUGGUUGUUCCUUCCUCCACAGUGAGGUCAGAUGACGGUCUCGUUCUCAUUCAUCGAGUGCCCAUGACACAGGUGGCCUUUGACGAAAUUCACCUCAAGAAGGAGAAGGACCCUACAGAACCUCUGAAGGACCGCAUCCGCAAACAAAUAUACUGCGACAAGCGGAGGACCUGGAAGAUUCUCAGCACCUACGUGCCUUCCAUCAGGUUUGCUCGCUACUACAAUAUCAGGGAAUACCUUCUAAAAGACUUCAUGGCUGGCAUCAGUGUCGGAAUCCUGCACAUACCGCAAGGUCUUGCUUUCGGGCUACUGGCCUCCCUUAAGAUCCAAGAUGGUCUCUUCACAUCCAUCUACCCAGUCAUCAUGUACCUCCUUUUCGGUACCUCACCUCACAUCUCGUUCGGAACAAGCGCAGUCAUCUGCAUUCUAGUAGCGGGUACGGUGGACAGGAUGGGAGCACAGUAUGCGGCUACUCGGCCGUGGCUGUUAAAUGUCACCGCAGCUGGAGGUAACGGAACUUUACCACUAGACCAGGUACCGGAGUACUUAGACUACAAAGAGUCUAUCUCGACUGGGUUGGCAUUUAUUACCGGGAUAAUGUUGCUGUGCAUGGGAUUCUUAAAGCUCGGCUUCAUCACCUACUACCUGUCUGACUCCUUCUUCACGGGCUUCACCUCCGCCGCUGCCGUGCACAUCGGGACCAGCCAGCUGUCCACCAUGCUGGGACUCACAAUCCCCAAGUUCCCUGGAGUGUACAAGGUUCCGUUGGCCUACAAGGCUAUGAUCGAAGUGAUUACAAAAAUCAACUGGGGGGCUGUUAUUAUCUCGAUUAUAGUCAUCGUCCUCGUUCACGUCGUCAAAGAAUAUGUCAAUGAACGUUUCAAACAUAAGCUGCCAGCCCCAAUUCCCAUCGAACUUUUCGUCGUCAUCUUCGUUACUGUCGCAUCGCACUUUGGUCACUUCAAACAGAACUUUGGAGUGGCUGUUAUCGGUAAAGUCCCCAACACCUUACCCCCUCCACGGGUGCCAACGGCAGCGCUUGCUGAAGCCUCCAAAUACUUCAGCGACUGUAUAGUACUGACCAUCCUCAUCUUUGCGUAUAGCAUUGCCCUCGGCAAGAUCUGCGCCAAGAAACAUAACUACGAGAUAAACGAUAAUCAGGAGCUGAUCGCGUACGGACUGGGGAACAUUAUUCCUUCCUUCUUUUAUUGCUUCCCGGCAUGCAUGGCACCACCUCGUACGAUGGUGGCCAGCACUAUGAACGCCAAGACGCCUCUUUCUGGCAUCGUCCCCGCGGUCAUCAUGAUAUUGUUUACACUCUUCAUCGGAGCUCUCUUCGAGCAGCUGCCGAAAGUCGGCUCUGGCGGCUAUUAUCUUUGUCUCCCUAAAAAAUCUCUUCGUACAGAUCUUGGAGUUCCGCACGUACUGGCGAUCAACAAGUAUGACUUUGCCAUCUGGUUCUUCACCUUCUUUUGCACGGUUUUCCUCGACAUCGACUUGGGUCUCUUCAUCGGGGUAGGGGUGUCGUUGGUCACUGUCGUCUUUCAGUCGCAGUCUUCCAGAGGGUUCCGUAUGGGCAAAACGCUGAAGGACACGGCCCUCGUGGAACACAAGCGGUACGCAGACUCCAGGGAGAUUCGCGGCCUCAAGAUAUUCCGUUUCCAGUCGUCACUGUACUUCGCCAACGCCGAGAUCUUCAGGAGCUUUCUUUACCGCAAAACCGUCAACCCUCGCAAGCUUCUCAAGUUUCUAAAGAAACGAGAACAAGCAUUGAAGAAGCAGCAAAAAGCAAGAGAGGCGGAAGGGAAAAUGGCGGACACUAAACCAGAUUACAUCAUGGCAGGGGACAGCAGCAUUCCAAGGGGGGCCUCUCUUCCUAGUCUGUCCGCGGCAGUAGAUUAUCAGACGUUCGGCUACCUGGGGUCGGCAGAGGCCAACAGAAGCACUGUGGCAUUGGCUCCAAAGAGAACUAUGUCGUCAAACAGCAUGGACAACCCAACGUUCGGCAUGGAGGCCAGCGGCUCGUUCCAGCGGCUGAAGGAGUCGCCUGUUAAUGGUUUGAACCACUCCGACUCCACUGCUUCCAUCGAAACCAACGUCGACACCGGAAGCCAUUCGACUCUUCCCACUGCCUCGACAUUCACCUUGGCUUUGAACGAGGAAGAGGUGGACGAGUAUGGUGAGGUCAUCAUCUCCGACGAGAAGCUGAAGAUGAUGCGCAAGAUCCACCACAUUAUCAUCGACUGCACGCCCAUCAACUACAUCGACGCCUCUGGUUGCAACGUCCUCUGAGCCACAUCUACACAGAGUACGGUCACGUGGGCAUCAAGGUCUUCCUGGCCGGCUUCUCCUCCGACAUGCGGCGGUCGUUGCAGCACGCAGGCGUCUUCGACAAGAUCCCCCAGGACAACUUCUUCUUCCAGCUCGAGGACGCUGUGGCUGUGGCCAAGAAACACAAGGUGGCGUCUCUGUCCCCAAAGAACUUGGAGGACUACUCUGAUGACGAGGCGGCAGAGGGUUCAUUUAUGACGAAGAUGUAAUCUUCAGAAAAUAUUUGAUGCUCAUCCGCAUCGUGCCUUCACAAUCAUGAAAAGCAACUAUUGAACUGUGACCUUAGUAUUUUUAAGAGCACACACUUAAGUUUUAGCAUCUCUGUGAAUCACUGUUCUGCCUAAAAAACUUGCAGAUUGUGGAUCAGAAAAUAUAUUGGUAAUAUUGUGUUUUGUAUCUAUAUAUUUUGUAUAUAUGUAAGUAUGUAGUGUAAUAGCCUAUGUUCAGUGAUGAUAGCAUGUUAUAUAACAGAGUUAAGUAAAGGAUGCUGUAUGAUGUUGCUCAAGCUACAUUGUAUACACAUUUAAUGAGUAAAAGUAUACUACUCGUUGUUCGCCGGGACAUUUAAUCAUUUUAUUGAAUACUGAGCUGUGUUUUACGAUCAUUUCUCUUUAUUUGCUUCAAUAUUCACUUCCUCAGCUUCCUACUACACGACAUCAUCUAUCUCCAUUCUCGCAGCCUUAUUGCCAGUUUCAUCUUCACCUCCAUCUCGUCUACCACCCACUUUUUCUCGAUCUCGUCUUUCUCUUCACUUUGCUCUAAGUCCAAGGAUGCAUGUUCGCGGUUUUUCGUGUCUUCAUUUACCUGAUUUUGUUCCUCAUUUAUGCAAUAAAUAAAGUAUAUUGUCAAUUUGUUUCCUUAAUACACACAUUUCUCUUAGCUCUCAUCUUGAUGUAUAUCUUUUAGGAAGAGAGGAGCUAGGUUAUUCAAGACAUGUUAUGUCAUGUCAUGCCAUAAGAGAUGACUAAAGGAUGCAUGUAGCUCAUCUCCUUCCCUUAGUGAUGACCCCAUAAAGGCAUGUAUAAAGACAAUCCAGAUUUAUGAUUGAAUCUCAUGGGAUGCAGAAGGUUUACUGAGUCAGAGUAAAUACAAACAAUAAUAGUUUGCUUUAAUAGUUUUUAAAAUAUCCUGUUCCACCAAUAUGGAAGCAAUAUUUCUCGUCAUGAGACGAAUUCUGUGAAGAAAUUUCCGUACUUGUUAAUAAAAAGACGAAAAGAAGUAUUAUUUAUCAUCACAUUAUGUGUGACUUUUACUAAAGACGUUUGUGGUUGAAUUCUGUAUUUUAACUGAGGCUUUACAAUAGGUUUAUGAUUGUAUAUUAUCCCUAGACAUGUUUACAGAUAUAUGAUUUAAUGUAAGUUGUUUAUUUUGUCAAAGCGAUUUGUGUUACAGAUGACAAACAUAAAAAUAAAAACGUUUGUCUUAACCGUU